CCGCGUAUUAUAGAGAUGGUGAGUGAAGUGGUUUCAAUUCCUUCAAGAGUUGAAAGCUUGGCUAAAAGUGGAAUCCAAGUCAUUCCUAAAGAGUAUGUGAGGCCACAAGAAGAGUUAAAUGGUAUAGGAAACAUCUUUGAGGAAGAGAAGAAAGAUGAAGGACCUCAAGUACCGACGAUUAAUCUAAAAGAAAUUGACUCAGAGGACAAGGAAAUUCGCAAAAAAUGCCACCAGGAGUUGAAGAAAGCAGCGGUAGAGUGGGGUGUUAUGCACCUCGUUAACCAUGGGAUAUCGGAUGAGCUAAUUGAACGUGUCAAGGUUGCUGGAAGGACCUUUUUUGAUCUACCUGUUGAAGAGAAGGAGAAGUAUGCUAAUGAUCAAGCUUCUGGUAAUGUCCAAGGCUAUGGAAGCAAGCUAGCAAAUAGUGCUUGUGGUCAGCUUGAGUGGGAGGAUUACUUCUUUCAUUGUGUUUUCCCCGAGGACAAGCGCGAUUUGGCCAUCUGGCCUAAAACCCCUGCUGACUACAUUCCAGCAACAAGUGAAUAUGCCAAGCAGAUCAGGAACCUAGCAACAAAGAUUUUUGCAGUGCUUUCGAUUGGGUUGGGAUUGGAGGAAGGAAGACUAGAGAAGGAAGUUGGAGGCAUGGAAGACUUGCUGCUUCAAAUGAAGAUUAACUACUACCCCAAAUGUCCCCAACCAGAACUAGCACUUGGCGUCGAAGCUCAUACUGAUGUGAGUGCACUGACGUUCAUCCUCCACAAUAUGGUGCCUGGCUUGCAACUCUUUUAUGAAGAGAAGUGGGUAACUGCAAAGUGUGUGCCUAAUUCCAUAAUUAUGCACAUUGGGGAUACAAUUGAAAUCCUAAGCAACGGAAAGUACAAGAGCAUUCUUCACAGAGGGGUUGUGAACAAAGAGAAAGUAAGGAUUUCAUGGGCUAUUUUCUGUGAGCCUCCAAAGGAGAAGAUUAUGCUUAAGCCCCUACCUGAGACUGUCACCGCGGCUGAGCCAUCUCAAUUCCCACCUCGCACCUUUGCACAACAUAUGGCACACAAGCUUUUCAAGAAGGAUAAUAACGAUGCUGUUGUUGAACAAAAAGUAUUCACGAAGGAUGAUCAGGAUUCUGCUGCUGUACAUAAAGCCUCCGAAAAGGAUGAACGUGAUAUUGUUGCUGAGCACAUAGUCCUCAAGGAAGACGAACAGGAUUUUGCUGCUGAACAGAAAGCCUUCAAGAAGGAUGAUCAGGAUGUUGUUACUGAGCAUAAAGUCCUCAAGGAUGUUCCUGCUGAAGAAUCUGAAUAGUUUCUCUUAUUGUCAUACUCCGAUGGUUGUUUAUUUGUUGAUGAUCCCCUAUUUCGUGUCCUCUGCGAUGUCUUUAUUUAAUAAGCAUAUCAACAAAAUUUCAAGCAAUAUCACCCCUUUGUAUAUGAGCAACACAACAUCCUGUGGAUUCUUUCAUCAAUAAAAACACAAUUAUUUAAGCGAAA